UGAUUUUUAUUUACUGCCUUUCAUUUCUUUCAUGUUUUAAUCUCUCAUGUUGUGAAAGUAAACACGGAUAGAAUUGAACAAAAUUCUAUACAUGUUUAGAUAUGCGAAAUGACAUCAUACAGAACGUGUUCAUAUUAUUUUUUAGAGCGAAUAUUCGUAUUCUGAAAUGAACGGUAACAACCCCUCCAGCGUUCAUUCUGAUGCAAAUGCCGAAGUUUAUGACAUUCCAAUGAAGGUACUGAUUAGACCUAUUCCUCCAAUAGUGGACGAAAAGAAAGUUCAAAGUUUAGCAGAUACGUUGAAUAAUCCUGAAACAGAAUCAUUAGUCCCACCAAUCGAUAUUUUGUGGAUCAAAGGAAGCGAAGGUGGUGAUUACUAUUAUUCUUUUGGCGGAUGUCAUCGAUAUGCGGCUCAUCAGAAGCUUGGAAAACCAUAUAUAAAAGCUAAACUGAUACGAUCCACGAUGGCAGAUUUAAAAUCUUAUCUUGGCGGUUCUACGCCAGAUUUAAAAUAACAAUAUUUGUAUAUAGUUUCCAUUUGUAGAAUGUUUUACAAUAUAGAAUAAGAUAUAGGAUAA